AUGGGGAAAACCGCCGUGACUCUGGCCUCUGGCCGGGAAAUGCCUCUCGUUGGAUUUGGACUCUGGAAAGUUCCCAGAGAAACAGCAGCAGAGACAGUAUACAAUGCAAUCAAAGUCGGAUAUCGUCUCUUCGAUGGCGCGUAUGACUAUCAGAACGAAAAGGAGGCUGGAGAAGGUAUUCGCCGAGCUAUCGAUGAGGGAUUGGUAAAGCGUGAAGACAUAUUCAUCACCACAAAGCUGUGGAAUAACUAUCACCGAAAAGAGCGCGCGUUAGCCAUGGCCAAAAGGCAGAAUGAAGCAUGGGGGCUGGGGUACAUUGACCUGUAUCUCAUUCACUUCCCCUGUGCAUUGGAAUAUGUUGAUCCUAAUGUUAGGCAGUAUCCUGCAUGGUGGAUGGACGAAGCAGGAACGAUAUCCUUGGACAAGGUCGCAAUUCGCGAGACUUGGGAGGCGCUCGAAACGGUAGUCGAUCAAGGCAUCGCACGCAGCAUUGGUAUUUCCAACUUCCAAGCGCAAGCCAUCUACGACAUACUCUCCUACGCACGCCAUCCGAUCUCAUCGCUACAGAUCGAACACCAUCCAUACCUCGUGCAGUCAGACUUGGUUACUAUGGCUCAGGAGAACGGCAUUGUUGUGACAGCAUACUCUAGCUUUGGGCCACAAAGCUUCUUGGAGCUAUCUCCAGCUUUUUCCAAAAGAGCUAAGGUGACGGCACUCCUCUUUGAUACGGAGCCUGUGAAGAAGGCGGCUGAGAAAUACCGUGUUACUCCUGCGCAAGUACUGCUGCGAUGGGCAACUCAGAGAAAUGUGGCUGUUAUACCGAAAUCCAACAAUCGAGAGAGGUUGGGACAGAAUCUGCAAGUUACGGAGUUUGACAUGACGAAAGACGAAUUGGAGGAUAUUUCAGCUCUUGAUCAAGGAUUGCGAUUCAAUGAUCCGGGGUUCUAUCUGACGCAGCCUAUUCGCAUUUUUGCGUAA